AUGUUAGAGGGAAUAAGGGGCUACGUAAUGGAUAGGGUUGUCGUGAAAUACAAGAUGCUACUAGAUUCAACUGAUGUCUUAUGCCCUAGGAUUAGGAAGAGGGUAGAGAAGGAGAAAGCUUUGGCUAGGUUGUGCACGGCGAGACAGACAUUGAAUGACAAAUGUGAGGCUAACAAUAAUGUAGGUGGAGGUAGAGGAAAGAGACCAAGAACAGCCGCACCAAAUCCUGGAAAUACAGAACCUACAGCUCGGAAAACUAGAAUCGGACAUUGCUCCAAGUGUGGUUCUACUACUCACAAUGCCAGAACAUGUCCUCUAAAUCGAGGAGUUGGUAUUCAAGCUGUUCAUAUCAAUGUUGGUGACCGGAGGACUAUUGAACGUGAGAUGAGGACUGCCACUAGAGGAGUUGGAGUUUAUGUAUCUGAGGAAACAGGGAAUCAAUACGUCAUACUGAAUGGCUCGAGGGGACGUGCUGUUGGAGGCACUCAGCACGAUGAGGUCCAGCUGCGUGGAAGCCAACCACCACCAACACAACCUUAG